UUGAUAUAUUAAUUGCUCUUUCAUGUUUUGAAGAUAAAGACAUGAAGUCAUCCUUAUCCACCACCAAAUCCUCCUCUUCACCUAUCACAAGUGAUUAUGAAAAAGGUGAUGGAGUCUUAAUUGAGUCAAGAACAUGGGUAUUUUCUGCUGUCUAUAAUAAACAAAUUCAAACAACUAUUGACAAUAUUGGUGGUGUUGUAGGAUUUUUAGAUAAUGCUGUUUCACCACAUUCAGAUAAAGACUCAGAUUCAACUCCUGAAUUAGAAUUGAUCUUGAUGAAUUCCUCAGGGAUAUAUAAAUCAAUUAUUUAUCCACAAUUCAAAUAUAGAAUUCCAGAGUCCAUCAUGAGUUGGUACAACAUUGAUUACAAAUCAUACAAAGAAUUUUUAUUUCCUCCAACUGUUUAUCUUGAUAUUAAAAAACUAUUUCAAGAUGAUCCAUGCACAAAAUAUUUGGAAA